ACACAUGCUCUGCACAUGCUCUGCACAUGCUCUGCACAUGCUCUGCACAUGCUCUGCACAUGCUCUGCACAUGCUACGCAAAUGCUCGGCCUCACCUAGUCUACCGCUGCCCCCAGCGCAGCCCGUGCGGGUCUGCGGGCCCCGAGACGUGCAGCGGCUGCGCCCGCCGCCCAGCUGCCCGUGCCCGCUGGAGGAGCCGCCGCUCACGGCCGCCGGCCGCCUGCUGCACAUGCUCGGCCUCACCCUCAAGGCCGCGUUCGUGUUCGGUCUGGUGGCCUUCUCCAACGAGCAGGGGCUCUGGGCGGGCCACGAGGGCACGGCACGCCUGUACGGCCGAGCGGCCCUCUGCCUCGCCAACUCCAUCGACGUGGACCUCAAGCUGCCGCCCGGGCAACUGCCAGAGGUCCCCGUGACGCACGAGCUGGCCCGCAGGCUGGGGUCGCUGUGGAACCGCGGCGUGGCCCUGGUGUUUGACGGCAUCAUGCUGGUCCCGACCGUGCUCGACCAGACAAUCCGGGAGCCGCCGGCCACGCAGAACCCGCCGCCAGAGCAGACCGCGCCGCCCCCGCACGCCUACAAAAAAUAACGACAAACCCUCCACCUGUGGCUUUUCAUAUUCCACGGCCAUUAGCGUGGAAAGCGCGUUUCAGCGAAACAGCAGCGUGGGCGCGUGCGCCU